AUUUGAAAAUGGAUUAAAUAUAAAAAAUUUGGUAAGCAUAAGCAGAAUUAUCAUGAUUGUACAGUUCGUACAUUUUCAGUCUGUUAUAGUUUCAAUAAUAGCUAUUUUCAGUUUUCUGAGUUUGAGUCGGAAAUGAAUAAUGGUAGUGAAUAAAUGUAAGAUAAUCCAGUUUAAAGAAUCUAUAAAAUUCUUUAAGUUGAAAGGAUUUCAACCGAUUGAACUAUUCAAAGCAGACGUCAAAUCAGAAUGAGAUAACAACAAAAUUAAAAUAAUAGGAUAGAUUUAAAUUAAACUAGAUAAACAAUAAUAUAAUGGAUAAAAGUGAGCAAAAGAAAGCAGUUGAAGGAACAUGCUUAAAUAUGUGUUCAGUAAGCGAAAUGAAAUGGAGGGAAAGAAAUGGUUUAUUACACAUUUUUGAAAGGAAAACUGAUGUUAAAGAUAAACAAAUCGCCGAUCCUGACAAAGUGGUGAAACAGUUUACUAGAUCAGCUGCUGGGAAAUCAUAUACAUCACCAUCAGAUUUACGCCCUUCACCUGUUUUAUUAGCAACUAUGAACUAUUUAGUAAAUGAAAUUAUACCAAAAAAUAUACCUUAUAUACUCGUUUAUGACUUCGUGAACGAUCGUAUACAAGGAAUUCGUCAAGACAUAACUAUUCAAAUGAUUGAAGAUUUAAACACUUUGGUAAUCUUUGAAAAAUGUGUUAGAUUUUACUUAUUAUCAUCAUAUCUUUUGUGCGAGGAACCAUCUACAGUGUUUGAUAUGCAUCUAAACAAUAAACAGCUAACAAUUUGCCUUGAAAAAUUGAUGAUGUUAUAUUCAAAAUUUAAAAAUAAUAACCUAUGUGAUUUUAUAGCAAUAUAUCUUUCCCAGAAAGUUGUAAAUUCGGAAAUCUUUCACCGUGCCUUACCCCUGUUCAAAGAUUAUCUUUCAGAACCUAUUGUUAAACUUUCCAUUGCUACUUGCUUAGCAUUUACAGAAGGAAACUUUAUUAAAUUUUUUAAACUUUUGAAAAAAUUACCAUUGAUUUUAUCCUUUUCAUUUUUUUGUCUUUUUAAUCAAGUUCGACUGCAGGCAGUGAGGAGCAUGUGUAUUGCAUUUAGUUCAAAUGUUUGCAAGUUUCCUGUAGAAACAUUAAACUCUUGGUUAAGUGUGCCAAAUAAACUCUACAUCACAGAACUGUGCAAAUCUCAAAAUAUAAAUAUUGAUGAAAAUUAUAUUUAUUUUAACAAAAAAUCAUUUAAAUGUUCAGAGUUUUAUUUCUUACAGAAAGAAAUUAUUUUAGACAUUAAAUUUGAGAAUAUUCCUUACUCAACAAUAAUAAAUAAAUUUUCAUAAUCAUAUUGUGUCAUUCUUAUGGCUCUAUCACACGAGAAAUAAAUAAGAGCAACCGUAAGUGAAACUUCCACUCUAUCCGCAACUCUAAAGGCAAUUUCUCCGUUCAGAGUUACCGAUAGGGUUGCUUAAUUGCCCGAACAGUUGCUUGUAACUGGGUUACCAUAUUUUGUUAUUUAUCUUAACUUUUGGCUCAUAUUUUAUUUUAUCAUGUGAUGCUAUUAUGUCAUAGUUUCUCAACGAUGUUCGUAAAGGGAGGAAGAGGAAAUCCCAGACGCUGUAGAAUAUUGAUUGAUUUUGAUUUAAUUUUGUACAUUUUAAAGUCUUUAUUCAGCUGCAAAUAAAAAUUCUGGACACUUCAUUUCGAAAUUAGUGAAGUAGCAUAGUAUAAAAAGGAUUAUGAUUUCUACUUCAUAAUAUAAAAUUAUAUUAAGAUAUCAAUGAAUUUCGUGUUGCGUCUCUAAAAGGAUAAGGAGGUAAAAGGGGGAUGAACUUAAAUACUAUCUAGAAUCUUUAAGAUUUUUUUUUUACAUUGAAUCAAGUGACUGAUGUUAUAGAAGUUAUUUAUGUUUUAUGUAUAAAAGUAUAGUUUAUUUGUACAUAUUUACUAUAUAACAUUGCUAGCUGGGCAAGUCCGGUAUCAUUAUCUAUGUAUAGGCAAAAUCGAAUGAGAAUAAAACCAAGCUGUUUGAUUUAAUAGUUAAGCAAUUCGGAAAUUUAUAGAAAGUACAUUACAAGUACAUGUGUAGAAAGUACAAUUUUAUGACUUAUACCACUUUAUGCAAAUGACAUUGCUAUCUAAACAAGUAAGGCUUUUCUUCUAAUUUAAUUUUCUAUGCUCAAUUCAAUAAAAUAGUCCUUUGAAAUAAUUCUUUAGAUAAAAUGAGGGUUUAAAGUAUGAAAUAUAAAAUUUUUGACUUACCUUUUACUCAUAAAAUAUUUAUAACAUCAAAACUAUUAGAUCUAUCAAAUCAAUUCUAUUUUUUUAAAAUUUAGUCUAAAAAAUGCAUAAUAAAUAAUGCCAGACUUGUCUAUACUACUAUGUCUCAGAAUUGUAUUGUCAUAAAAUUAAUUUACAUUGCAUUAAGGGAUCAUUACUUUUAAUCAUCUACACAUUGCAUAUCAAGAAUAUCACUUUUAUGAAAAUUAUUUUUUCCAAUUUCUUUGUAAAAUUGUUUUUUAAAUAUAAGAGGAUUUU